UAGAAUCCGCAGGGUGGACGGGAGGAAGCUGCAGCACAGCUGUAAGAAAGAACGCGCAUUUUUUGUUGUUGUUGCCCCCCCUUUCUCUCCCCCCUCCUCCCCGCCUCCAGUUUGAGGAAACAUUAAGAUCAUCGAUCUGAAGCCGUCGAUCUGACAGCAGCCGGCGCGCGGUCACAUUCAUGGACAAAGAGAAGUGCGGCGACGUUCGUGCUCAGUGCUCCUGGAUGGAGGUGCAUCAGUUCAUUGGUGACCUUAUCACAUCUGGAAACGCCUUGCAGGAUCAGCCAGAUGUGCUGAACGCAGCGUGGGGCGUUGCUGCCGGUGGUGUUGGUGGUGUUGAGGCUCUGCGUUUCAAAGGUGCCUCACUCGAACCCCUGCAACAACUACGACCUGUCCGGGACAAGUCGGAGGCAGAGCCAGGUCGACGGAUCCAGCCCGGGACGGCACAUAGGAAGGGACAGGCCCGAGACAAGAGACCAGAUGUGCAUAAUGUCUGCACCUGCCCAGGCUGCCCGUCAGCCACGUCUCCACCGUCCUUAGAGACUCUAAAACCGAGGCAGCCUGUGCCCGCGCCCCCUCCCCCGGCCGCCUUGUGCCACCCCAAAGAUCUCCGCGGUGCAGCUUCAAUGAGCCUCGGCGUGAGCUUACCCGAAACCCCUCAACCGAGCAGCACCACGUCCGACCCAGAGAGCACGGCGUCCGCUCAGAGGGAGGACCAGGAGCAAACCGCUCCCACCAGAGCGUCCUCGGGCUCCUUCUCCCACCUCCCCGUGUUCCCCUGCCUGUGUUGCCAUCGCAGCCUGCAGACCUGCGGCCAGAUACUGAGCAACCAGGAAGGCACAGACUCCCUGUUCCCUCACGCCCGCCAUCCUUUUCAUCGCCACCACUGUCCCAUGACCUCUUGCCUCGCCCCGCAGUUCCCCGGCCCCUUUCCCUGCCUGCCCUGCCAGGGCUCCUUUCCCACCUGCUCUCAGGUCUGCCACCACCAGCACAGACAAGCGCACGCUCAGCAACAAGCGGAAAGAGGCGGGGCGGCCGCGGGCGCUUUGUCGCUUCAUCCCUGCAUGCACUGCUCUGCGUCAUUCGCCAGGCCGUCCCAGUUGCUGCAGCACCAGCGCGCCGAGCACGCCCAAAAGCCGCCCGGCUUCCUCUGCACGGAGUGCGGCAGGGCCUUCAACUCGCACAGCAACCUCCGCAUCCACCUCAACGUGCACACCGGCGCCCGGCCCUACACCUGCUCCGACUGCGGGAAGAGCUUCAGCCAGUCGGGGGCUCUGAAGAUCCACCGGCGGAUUCACACCGGCGAACGGCCGUAUUCAUGCGGGUUUUGCGGCAGGGGGUUUCCCCACCUGGCGGGGGUCCGGGCCCAUCAGAGGACCCACACAGGAGAGAAGCCCUACUGCUGUAGCCAGUGCGGCAAAUGUUUCACCCAGUCGGGAGCCCUGAAGAUUCACAUGCGCAUCCACACGGGAGAGAGGCCCUUCGCCUGCAGAUUUUGCGAGAAGAGCUUUUCCAACCGCUCCGGGAUCCGCUUCCACUACCGCACGGUCCACGGGCUCGCCCCUGAGCACGCCGGGCAAGCCGGAGCCGGGCAAGCCUACCGGGGGUCGGCCGGACGCAGCUGUCAACCCGGACGUCCCAGGAGUUUUCCUCCGACCAGCGUGGCGAUGAGUACGUCUAACGGCUCGGAUAGGAGCACGCACGCCGCUCCCGAGUGCACGGAGCCUCCGGCCGGCGGUCAGGCCGGUAAUGAGAGCAAGUCGCAGUUAGAGGGAACAAAUCCAGGCAGCAACAGAGGGAUGCUCGUGUACACGUGUGAGGACUGUGGCCUGCGCUUUAAGGACGCCCCAUCCAGAAACAGGCACCAGGCUCUGAUGCACUACUCGGACGAGGAGGAGGAGGAGGAGGUGGAAGAGGAGGAAGAGUUAAGCACAAACAAGGGGGUCCACAAUAACAGCGGGGAGUGAAAUCAUGCUGUUGGUGCAUUACAACAUCUGAGUAAAUAGUGAUUGCAUGUUGAAUACAUUCUGUGGGUAAAGGUGCAGUUUACAAGGUUGGAAGCAUUUCUAUUGCCUCUCAAUAGCCGGCGGCCAGAGGCUAACAACGUCGACAGGGCUAACUGCUGUUAGCCGACAGGCAUUUACCUGAAGAGCAACCUCACAUGCACUAAAAGAAUGCACGUCCGACCCGGCUAUGUGCACGGAGCAAGAGGGAGCUCAACACAAACACACACACACACACAGAGGGGAAGAGGACUUCAGUAAGGGGAGUUGUAUUCAUGCUCUCAAUCCCGUACAUUGCACACUCAAAGCAACUUUGAGGAACUUUGAUUUGGGCCGUCCCUGUGGACGAAAGUGUCUCCAAGCACCAGGGCCUCUUUUAGAAAACCCAGCAAUACGCCCAUCUGCCCGCUCAUGCCCUUGUUUACUGCUGUGAACAUGUGGCUCAUAUAAAGCUAUAAGUAUUAAACCGUUUCCUGAUCAGUUGUAAGUUUAACUUACUAGUUUUGCUCCAGCUGCCUGACUGAAAAUUCAUCACUGCCGCAGGCUUCACAUGUUGCUGCAAUCACACAUGAGGCCAACUUAUUAAGUAUUUCUCUUAUAGUUGUUCUAUUGUGCCUUAUCCAGCAGGGUUAGAGGUCAGCGAGGUAAGCACUAAUUAUGAAACCACAAUGUUUAUUAAAGCAUUUUGAAAAAAGUUGAAUUACAAUUUUUGAGGGGCUUCUAGUGAAAUUAAAUAUAAAACGCUUAGUAAUGGGGAAAGUUUCCUCUUCUUUUACUCUUGGUGUAAACAAUAGCAAUGACUACAAUUUAGUUGAAUUCAUUUCUUUCUCUUAGAAAUUUAAUUUAAGAGCUUUAUUUUCCCACACAGAUAUCUAUGAAAAUAUUAACUUUGCAUAGAAAAGUGGAAUUACGUUACUCUCCAGUGGCAAAACCCCCCGAAUACUAAAGCCACAUACUGGAAUUGUUUAAUACGUUUUUCUAUCUUGCUCAUCAUAAUCAUGAUAUCUUGCCUGUUGUGCCUUUCUGUGUUAUACCACAAUACAAAAAAAAUGUAAACAUUUUUAUUUGUUACUAUGAAUGUUAUAAAUGGGUGAUAAUUAUCUGAGUAAAUUGAACCAGGAGUCAAAUAAUUGCAAAACAUUCCUGUUUAUGGCUCAGCAGAGCCCCCCAGUGGUUACACAAAGUAAUAGCAACAACCCUGACCACUUUGUUACAUUUAGAAAUUUGUUUUCACUCAACAUUUUGAAAUAUACAUUGUGAACACAACGUGAAGACAUGUAACAUUUCAUCCACUCUUGCCUGUUUAAUACCCUGCGUACAUUGCUGUAUGUAUUUCCUGAAAGUGCAGCUUGUGUUUAAACAUUUUAAUAAACAUUAUCACUGAGGGGAAACUGAA